AAGCGUGGUUUAAAAAGAAAGAAGAUUAUUUGCAAGGAAUGGAACUGGCUCACAGCUUAUUGCUGAAUGAAGAAGCAUAUAAUCAACUUGGAGAAGUUCAGAAGGCAGAGUUUGUUUUUGAGUGGUUGAAAUUUUUAGAGAAAGUUUUACUAGCAACCAGCAGGGCUGACAUAAAGGAGAAACAGAAGAGGAUUGUUGAGCAACUCAUAUCUUUGUUAAACAGCUCUCCAGGGCCACCUACACGAAAGCUUCUUGCUCAGAACUUAGCUAUUCUUUAUAGUAUAGGAGAUACAUUCUCUGUUUAUCAAACAAUUGAUAAGUGUAACGAACUCAUUCGUAGCAAAGAUGAUUCUCCAAGUUAUCUUCCCACAAAGCUUGCUGCUGUGGUCUGCUUGGGCUCUUUGUACAAGAAAUUAGGGAGACUAUUGGGCAACACCUUUAUAGAUACUGUGGGGAAUAUACUUAAAGCUAUGAAGAGUGCAGAGUCUCAAGGUCGCUAUGAGAUUAUGCUGAGUUUGCAAAAUAUCUUGAAUGGACUUGGAGCCACUGCUGCCCCUUGUCACAGAGACAUUUAUAAAGCUGCACGAUCAUGUUUAACAGACCGGUCCAUGGCAGUUCGGUGUGCUGCUGCGAAGUGUCUCCUUGAACUUCAGAAAGAGGCUACCUUUAUGUGGAGUACAGACAUUGACAGUGUUGCAACUUUGUGUUUUAAGUCAUUUGAAGGUUCCAAUUAUGAUGUGCGAAUGGCAGUAUCAAAGCUCUUGGGUACAGUACUGGCUAGAGCUGUGAUAUCUAAACAAGGAACAGCAGCUUCCCGGCAAAACAUUCGCAGAGUCUCUCUGGAAGAAGCCAUGGAGUUACUAGGAACAGGAUUUUUGCGUGGGAGUUCAGGAUUUCUUCGAGCCAGUGGAGAUAUGUUGAAAGGAACCAGUUCAGUCAGUAGAGAUGUUCGAGUUGGUGUUACUCAGGCGUAUGUGGUAUUUGUUUCAACACUAGGAGGACGUUGGUUAGAAAGGAAUUUUGCCACCUUACUGUCUCAUGUUCUAAGCCUUGUGUCACAGUCUCACCCUAAAGCAAUCCAAACUCAGAUGGAUGCUAUCUGUUGUCGUCGCUGUGUUUCCUUUAUCCUUCGAAGUACUAUAGGAAGCCUUCUUGGGGAAAAAGCUCAAAUUGCUGCUGCCAAAGAUAUUUGUCAGGCCAUCUGGAAACUAAAGAAAGUUGUUGAUGCUGUAAUGAGUGAAGGUAAUUUGGAAACUCGACCUGGCCCUACAGAUGUUGUUGCCAGCCAGCAUGUGCUAGUGUGUGCUUUACAAGAACUUGGGAAUCUUAUAUAUGGCCUUGGCACAACAGCUGCUCCUUUAUUACAGGAUUCAAGUGCAGGGAUUCUUGACAAUGUCAUUUCAGUUAUUAUUCAUCCUAGCAUUUCAGUUCGAUUAGCAGCAGGGUGGUGUUUACACUGCAUUGCUGUAGCGUUGCCUUCCUAUCUAACUCCACUUUUGGACCGUUGCCUUGAACGACUUACUGUACUCAAAUCCUCAUCUGAAGCUGUGACUGGCUUUAGUUUUGCUGUAGCAGCCCUGCUAGGAGCUGUAAAGCAUUGCCCUCUAGGAAUUCCACAUGGAAAAGGAAAGAUAAUUGUGAUGUUAGCAGAGGACUUGUUAUGUUCUGCUGCUCAGAAUAGUCGCCUUUCACUUCAACGAACACAGGCUGGAUGGUUGUUGAUGGCUGCCUUAAUGACAUUAGGCUCUUCAUUUAUCAGUCACCAUCUUCCCCGGGUACUAAGGUUAUGGAAGUGUGUUUUUCCACUAUCUCCUAAGGAUCUAGAAACAGAAAGAAGUCGAGGAGACUCAUUUACAUGGCAGGUGACCUUGGAAGGUCGUGCAGGUGCCCUUUGCGCUAUCAAGAGCUUUGUUACCCACUGUGAUGAUCUUCUUACUGAUGAAGUCAUUCAGCGACUUCUUCCUCCGCUUCCAUGUGCUAUUGAUUUACUAACUCAACUUUCUUCAAUACAGAAAACAUACGGAAGUCCUCUGAAAACCCCAUCAAUGAUUUACAGACAAAGACUUUAUGAAUUAUUGGCAUUAUUACCUCCUGAGAUCUACACAGGAAGCCUCUGUGUUAUUCUUAAAGAAUUGGCUGCAGAUCUGACUGCUUCUGAUACCCAGAUGGCAGCAUCCACAUUCUUACUUCCAUCCCUCUGUCACCAGGACGAUCUUUUAUUACUAAGUCCUUUACUACAAGAAACUGACCACAGAUUUAUUGAAGAACAGCUCCUUCUUGGAAAUGGCAUUGCUUGUGGAAGCCUGGAGUAUGACCCAUUUUCAAUAUAUGAACAUGGUAUAGAAGGGGAUUCAGUACCUAAGCCCCUACCGCCAACGUUUUCACUUAUCAGCUCUGCAGCCAGGCUUUUUGGAAUUGUAUGUGCCCAUGUAGGAGAAACUCAAAGGCUUUCAGUAUUGGAACUACUUUUGGACAGUAUAAAACACACAAAAUCAUCUCGUCAGCAAGUAGUACAAUUACAUGUUUUGUCAGCAUUUUCUAGUUUUUUGAAGUAUGUGGCCAGCUCCAAAGGAAAUUUAGGCUCAGAAGAAAUUAGAAGGCCUGCACUAACAUUAUUGAUGGGAGCCUUGGAAAGUGCCAACCCCUUAAUGCGAUGUGCUGCUGCAGAGGGUUUGGCUAGAUUGGCCCAAGUGAUUGGUGAUGGCUCCUUCACUGCUGGAUUAGCACAGGUUAGCUUUGACAAACUGAAAUCAGCUAGGGAUGUAGUAACCAGAACAGGACAUUCUUUGGCUCUGGGAUCCCUGCAUAGAUAUUUAGGAAGAGUGGGGUCUUCUCAGCACUUGAAUGCUUGCAUUGGAAUCCUUUACACUUUGUCACAGGAUGGAACUUCUCCUGAUGUACGGACGUGGGCCCUGCAUUCUCUCUCACUGAUAAUUGAUUCUUCUGGCCCACUAUACCAUGUACAUGUGGAAUCUACCCUCUCUCUUAUACUAAUGUUGUUGUUGACUGUUCCGCCUACUCAUGCUGAAGUUCACCAAAGUCUUGGAAGAUGUUUGAAUACACUUAUCACCACAUUGGGUCCAGAGCUGCAAGGUAGCAGUACUGCAGUUUCUGCCUUACGAACAUCCUGUCUGUUGGGAUGUGCAGUGAUGCAGGAUAACCCAGAUUGCCUUGUUCAAGCUCAAGCCAUCUCUUGUCUUCAGCAGCUUCAUAUGUUUGCUCCACGUUAUGUCAACUUAUCUAGUCUUGUCAGCUGCCUCUGUGUGAAUCUCUGUAGCUCCUACUUGUUACUGAGAAGAGCAGUUCUAGCUUGUUUACGUCAGAUUGUGCAAAGGGAGGCAGCUGAAGUUUCAGAACAUGCUGUUAUUCUUGCUAAAGACAGCAGAGAAGACUUAAUUCCAGAUGCUAAUAUCCGGGAAGUGGGCCUUGAAGGGGCACUGCUGAACUUACUAGACAAAGAGUCUGAUCAGAGGCUGUGCCAAGAUAUCAGAGAGACCUUAAGCCAUAUGAUUACAUCAAUGGCAGUGGGAAAACUUUCUUUUUGGCUAAAACUUUGUAAAGAUGUCCUUGCUUCAUCAACUGAUUUUACAACUAUCACUUCUGUGGAUACAACUCAGGAGGAUGAAGUAGAUAAAGGAGAUGAUGCUUCAGUCCUAACCUGCCAAAAUGAUGAGAAAUACCAGCCUAUUGCAAAUCCACGAUGGUCUACUAGAGUUUUUGCUGCUGAGUGUGUUUGUAAAAUAAUUAACCAGUGUGAGAAUUCAGACAUUGCUCACUUUGAUAUUACUUUGGCUCAAGAAAUGAAAGAAAGGGAUUCACGAAAUGAUUUUUUGGUGUUACAUCUUGCUGACUUGAUCCGAAUGGCUUUUAUGGCUGCUACAGACCAGAGUGACCAGCUCCGUCUGUCUGGUCUUCAGACACUGUUAGUUGUUGUUCGGAAAUUUGCAGCUAUUCCAGAACCAGAGUUCCCAGGUCAUGUGAUUCUGGAACAAUAUCAAGCCAAUGUGGGAGCAGCGCUUAGGCCAGCCUUUACUUCAGAUACACCACCAAAUGUGACUGCUAAAGCAUGUCAGGUUUGCAGUGCCUGGAUAGCAAGUGGAGUUGUAAGUGAUCUUAAUGAUCUCCGAAGGGUUCAUCAAUUGCUUGUGUCAUCUUUGAUGAAAAUACAAGCUGGGAAAGAAGCCUUGAGUCAAUUAUACAAUGAAAGUGCUUCUGCUAUGGAAAUCUUAGCUGUUCUCAAAGCCUGGGCAGAGGUUUACAUAAUUGCUGUAGAGAGACAGAAAAAACAAACUGAAAAACAGAAGCAAAUCACGAAGACUGUCAGCCCAGUGGAAGAAAAUGCCAGAGAUGUGUCAUCUUCCACAGAUGGACUUCUUGGUUUAGUCCAAACAGAUCUUGGAACACUAAGCAAACUUUGGCUUGCUGCACUUCAAGAUUUUGCUCUCCUAACUUUGCCUUCAGAAUUUGCUUCCCAACUUCCUCUUGAAGGUGGAGCUUUCUACACUGCAGAGACAAGUGAAAAUGCAAAGCCACACUAUCAUAAUUCCUGGGCUCUUAUUCUUCAUGCUACAGCACUGUGGCUCACUAGCACGGGCUUCAUUGUAGCUGACCCAGAUGAAGGAACAACUAAUCUCUCAAGACCUGUAACACCAACUACAAUGUGUCAGGGUUCUUCUGGGUCAGCAGUGAAAUCCCCUGAAGAUGUUUAUACAGAUAGAUUUCACCUUAUCUUGGGCAUCAGUGUGGAAUUUCUGUGUUCCCUACGUUCAGAUGCAACCAUGGAAAGCAUCACUGCUUGUUUACAUGCACUACAGGCUUUAUUAGAUGUUCCUUGGCCCAGAUCUAAAAUUGGCAGUGAUCAGGACUUAGGAGUUGAGCUGCUGAAUGUACUCCAUCGGGUAAUACUGACUAGAGAGUCACCUUCCAUUCAGCUAGCUUCACUUGAAGUUGUAAGACAGAUUAUCUAUGCAGCCCAAGAACAUGUAAAGGAAAAGAGGAGAAGUGCAGAAGUUGAUGAUGGAGCUGCUGAAAAGGAAACCCUGCCAGAAUUUGGAGAAGGAAAGGAUACAGGAGGAUUGGUACCUGGAAGAUCACUGGUGUUUGCAACAUUGGAGCUGUGUGUGUGCAUUCUGGUCCGGCAGCUCCCAGAGUUAAAUCCUAAACUGACAGGUAGUCCAGGAGUAAAAGCUGCAAAAGUACAGAUUCUGUCAGAAGAUGGAAAUAAGUUGGUUUCAGCAGCAUUAAUUAUCCUUUCUGAACUUCCUGGAGUAUGCUCUCCUGAAGGAAGCAUUUCAGUUCUCCCUACUAUUCUAUACCUUAUAAUUGGGGUUCUUCGAGAAACUGCUGUGAGAUUACCUGGAGGCCAACUCUCUUCUACUGUUGCAGCUGCUCUACAAGCCUUGAAAGGAAUAUUGUCUUCUCCCUUGGCUCGAGCAGAAAAGAGUCACACUGCCUGGACUGACCUUCUUCGAAGUGCUUUAACAACAAUCCUAGACUGCUGGGAGCCAGUAGAUGGAGCAUGUCAAGAACUAGAUGAAAUCAGCCUGCUUACUGCUGUAACAGUAUUUAUCUUGUCUACAAGUCCAGAAGUGACCACCAUCCAGUGCCUGCAAGAGCGUUGUAUAGAGAAAUUUAAAGCUACACUUGAGCUAAAAGACCCAGUAGUACAAAUCAAAUGCUAUCAGCUGCUGCUUUCCAUUUUCCAGUAUCCCAACCCAGCAGUAUCCUACCCUUAUAUUCAUUCAUUAGCAUCACCCAUUGUGAGAAAACUUCAAGAGACAGAUAAAAUAAAACCUGAAGAUGCUGCUGAACUUCAAGCAAUUCAAGAAGGCAUCAAGGUUUUAGAAGCUCUAGUGGCUAUUGCUGAAGAACAGCACCGAGCUCAGCUGAUGGCCGGCAUUCUUCCCAUUCUUAUUUCCUUUCUUCUGGAUGAAAACACUCUAGGCUCAGCAUCCACCACAAUGAGAAGCUUACAUGACUUUGCUUUGCAGAAUCUAAUGCAGAUUGGUCCCCAAUAUUCAUCAGUUUUUAAAAAUCUCAUGGCUUCUUCUCCUGCAAUGAAGGCCCGCCUUGAGGCAGCUAUAAAAGGCAAUCAGGAAAGUAUCAAAAUCAAGACAACCCCAAAACAUAUCAAAAACCCUGGAAAAAAUUCAAGUAUUCAGUUAAAGACCAAUUUUCUUUAA